AAUUAUCAGUCAAUCGUCUUGCAUAGUUUUCUUUCUCCUAUGUCCUCGCCCACCAGCCACUUCCAUUUCUUACUCUGUCCGCUCACUCCACCGACACACACUCAUUUCCAAAGCCACUGCAAGUUUUACUAGAAACGUCAUACUUAUGGAAUCCAGAAGAGAGCGAAAAUUCUCUCGAACCAAAUACAAUGCAGACUUAACUGCAAUUCUUCGAAAAUCAUGGUACCAUUUAAGGUUAUCUGUGAGACAUCCCUCUAGAGUACCUACUUGGGACGCUAUUGUCCUCACGGCUGCCAGCCCCGAGCAAGCCCAGCUAUACGAGUGGCAGCUCAAGCGCGCCAAACGUAUGGGCCGGAUCGCCAGCUCCACUGUCUCUCUUGCCGUGCCUGAUCCCAACGGCCAGCGGAUUGGCUCUGGUGCCGCCACUCUCUAUGCCAUUUAUGCCCUAGCUCGCCAUUAUCGGACGCUUGGUAUCGAUCUUGGCUCUGAGGUGGCAAACACAGAAAUUGGCAAUUCUGGAUCUUUUUUUCCAGAUGAAGGAUCUAAUAAAGAAGAUUAUAUCCUGCCAAUGGUGAGAUUUGUGGCCAAGAAGCAUAUUCUAUUGCUUCAUGCUGGAGGUGACUCUAAAAGGGUCCCAUGGGCUAAUCCUAUGGGAAAAGUUUUCCUGCCACUUCCAUAUUUGGCAGCAGAUGACCCUGAUGGUCCAGUUCCGCUGCUUUUUGACCAUAUACUUGCAAUUGCUUCUUGUGCAAGACAAGCUUUUAAGAAUAAAGGUGGGAUAUUGACAAUGACUGGGGAUGUUCUUUCAUGUUUUGAUGCCUCUGCUAUGGUUAUUCCAGAGGAUGCAUCUUGCAUCAUCACCGUCCCCAUCACCCUUGAUAUUGCUUCUAACCAUGGUGUUAUUGUGGCAUCUAAAAGUGGGAUUCAAACUGAAAGUUAUACAGUCAGCUUAGUUGAUAAUCUCCUACAAAAGCCAAGUGUUGAGGAACUUGUUAAGAAUCAAGCAUUAUUGGACGAUGGUAGAACAUUGCUCGAUACUGGAAUAAUAGCUGCUAGAGGCAAAGCAUGGGCAGAGCUUGUCAUGCUUGCAUGCUCCUGCCAACCAAUGAUUACAGAGCUUCUGGAGAAAAGAAAAGAGAUGAGUUUAUAUGAAGAUCUAGUAGCAGCUUGGGUACCUGCAAAACAUGACUGGCUACAAUUUCGACCUGUGGGCAAAGAACUCGUCAGAAGAUUGGGCAAACAAAAGAUGUUCAGCUAUUGCGCUUAUGACCUAUCAUUUCUGCAUUUUGGAACCUCAAGCGAAGUUUUGGAUCAUUUAAGUGGGGCGAGUUCAGAACUUGUAGGCCGAAGACAUUUAUGUUCCAUCCCAGCCACGACUGCUUCUGACAUUGCAGCAUCUGCUGUAAUUCUUUCUAGCAAAAUUGAUCCUGGUGUCUCAGUUGGGGAAGAUUCUCUUAUAUAUGAUUCAUCCAUUUCUGGCGGAAUGCAAAUUGGUUCCCAAUCUGUUGUUGUUGGCAUUAAUGUCCCAGGAGACAGUGAUAGGAUUGCAGAACGUUCAUUCAGAUUCAUGCUUCCAAGUUGUCAUUGUCUUUGGGAGGUUCCUUUAGUCGAAUGCACAGAAAGAGUCAUAGUAUACUGUGGACUCCAUGAUAACCCAAAAGAUUCACCUUCCAAGGGUGGGACUUUCUGUGGGAAACCAUGGAAGAAAGUCUUGAAUGAUUUAGGCAUUCAAGAAAGUGACCUAUGGAGCUCAGUAGGUUCUCAAGAGAAGUGCUUAUGGAAUGCUAAAAUAUUCCCUAUCCUUUCGUAUUUUGAGAUGCUUAGUUUAGCCUCAUGGUUGAUGGGUUUGAGGGAUCAAGAAUCUGAAAGUUUUCACUCCUUGUGGAAAAAUUCACGCCGUGUCAGUUUGGAGGAGUUGCAUAGAUCAAUUGACUUUUCAAAAAUGUGUACAGGCUCAAGUAAUCAUCAAGCUGAGCUUGCAGCUGGAAUUGCUAAAGCUUGCAUUAACUAUGGUAUGCUUGGACGAAACUUGUCUCAGCUGUGUCAAGAAAUACUACAAAAGAAAGCUUCAGGAGUUGAAAUAUGUAAGGACUUCCUAGACCUAUGUCCCGGACUUCAGGAGCAGAAUUCUAAAAUUCUUCCCAAAAGUCGAGCAUACCAGGUGGAAGUUGAUCUUCUUCGUGCAUGCAGGGAUGAAAAGACUGCCUGCUUAUUAGAACAUAAAGUUUGGGCUGCAGUUGCUGAUGAAACUGCCUCAGCAGUCAGAUAUGGUUUUAAAGAGCAUCUCCUGGAGUCUCCCAGCAGCGUGCCUGCUUCAGCAAAUCAGAAUAAUCACAUUACUGGUCAUGUCAGUCGAUAUUUCUGUUCUAGAAGGGUAAAGGUUGAGUUACCAGUCCGUGUAGACUUUGUUGGGGGAUGGAGUGACACUCCUCCAUGGAGCUUAGAGCGUGCUGGUUGUGUGCUGAAUAUGGCAAUAAGUUUGGAAGGUUGUCUUCCCAUCGGCACCAUCAUAGAAACAACUGAAAAGAUUGGAGUGUUGAUUGAUGAUGAUGCUGGAAACCAGUUAUACAUUGAGAAUCUUAACUCUAUUGCUCCUCCGUUUGAUGGUGAUGAUCCAUUCCGCCUUGUCAAAUCUGCAUUGCUUGUUACUGGUAUAAUUCAUGAAAACAUUCUUCAAUCGAUGGGCUUGCAAAUCAGGACAUGGGCAAAUGUACCUCGUGGCAGUGGCCUGGGGACCUCUAGCAUCCUAGCAGCUGCUGUUGUGAAAGGACUUCUUCAGAUAACUGAUGGAGAUGAAAGUAACGAAAAUGUUGCUAGACUGGUUUUGGUAUUGGAACAACUCAUGGGGACAGGAGGUGGGUGGCAGGAUCAAAUUGGAGGUUUGUACCCUGGUAUUAAAUUUACUAAAAGUUUUCCUGGAAUACCAUUGCGGCUCCAAGUUAUCCCCUUAUUGGCUUCCCCUCAGUUGAUUUUGGAGCUGCAGCAGAGAUUGCUUGUGGUGUUUACUGGUCAAGUUCGACUUGCACAUCAAGUUCUACAAAAGGUAGUUACUAGAUAUCUUCAGCGGGAUAAUCUUCUUGUAUCCAGUGUUAAGCGCCUUGCUGAACUGGCAAAAAUUGGGAGAGAAGCAUUGAUGAACUGCGAAGUCGAUGAGCUAGGGGAGAUAAUUCAGGAGGCUUGGAGGUUGCAUCAGGAACUUGACCCAUACUGCAGCAAUGAAUUGGUUGAUAAGCUUUUUGCAUUUGCUGACCCAUACUGCUGCGGCUACAAGCUUGUUGGCGCUGGUGGUGGAGGUUUUGCGUUGUUACUAGCCAAGGAUGCGAACUCUGGAAAGGAAUUGAGACAUAAACUAGAAGAAUGUUCAAACUUUAAUGUGAAAUUCUACAAGUGGAACGUCUUUUUAGACAAUUAGACGUGGUGAUAUAAUCAGAGAAACCUCAUAUUAUUAGUACAAUUGUUACUAUUCUUCUUUACACAGAUCUUGUUAUUCUUAUAGGUUUAUACGAUGAUAUGUAUAUAAUAGAUAACUGGGAUGUCGGUUUUAUAUAAGUGUGUAAUAUUAAGAACAGAUGAUAGAAUAAUUGUGUUUAUUUUAAAAGCUUAA